UUUUUCGCCGGGCCGUCUAAUCGUUACAAACUGUUGAAAUGAAACUUCUUUCCCAUGUCGUCAAGUUUCCAUCAAUUCUUGAAAACAGAUGUUUCGGUCACAUGAAGCCUCUUCUAACCCUCUCCGUUUCUUCAUUCUCAAACCACUCCUCAGUGCUCGAUAACUAUCAUUUUCUCCCACCUCAAACCGUCUCUAACGGGCUUCUGUCGCUCUUACAACAAUUCUCGAAAAACAUUUUCUGGGUCACAUCAAUUCAUGCACAGAUUGUUGUAAAUUCCUUAUCCACUGACCAGUUUCUAGCUACGAUGCUUGUUAAGGCGUACUGUGAGUUGGGCUCCCUUGACACUGCCUGCUAUGUGUUCGAUCAAUUUACUAAGCCAGAAGUGUUUCUUUGCAAUGCUAUGAUGAAUGCAUUUCUGAAAUGGGGGCAAUACUGUAAGGUGGUUGAGCUGUUUCGAAUGAUGGGUAGGCUAGAUUUAAGAAUUGAUAGUUGCACAUGCACAUUCACGCUCAAGGCAUGCAGUGCCUUACCGGAUUAUGAGACUGGGAUGGAAAUUGUUAGGAGGGGUCUGGAUUGUGGGAUGCAAAAUGAUCGGUUUUUUGGAAGUUCAAUGUUAAGUUUCUUGGUGAAAUUUGAUCACCUUGAUGAUGCACAGAGAUUGUUCGAUAAGAUGGAAAGUAAGGACGUUGUGUGCUGGAAUUCAAUGAUGGGAGGAUAUGUGAGAACCAGUCAAUUCAAUAAGGUUUUUCAACUGUUUUUUGUUAUGCGUAGAUGUAACAUUAGACCUAGUACUGUCACUAUGGUGAACUUGAUUCAGGCUUGUGAGGGAAUGGGGUGUAUAAGGAUUGGACAAUGUGGCCAUGGACUUGUUGUUGAGUUGGGAAUGGGGAAAGAUGUCACUGUUCUAACCUCCUUGAUUAAUAUGUAUAAUAAGAUGGGUGACCUUGAAAGUUCUUCUCUUGUAUUUAAUAGGAUGCCUACUAGAACUUUGGUAUCCUGGAAUGUGAUGAUUUCAGGAUGUGUUCAGAAUAACUUGGUUCAUAAAUCACUCGAAUAUUUUCAUGAAUUAGUAUGUCAUGGGAUUGCUUUUGAUUCUGGAACUCUUGUUAGCCUUCUUCAAGGUUGCUCACAAGUGGCUGAUUUAGGAGGUGGAAAGAUACUUCAUGCUUGCAUUUUAAGACGGAGCCUAGACUCAAAUGAUAUUCUAUCUACAGCACUUGUGGAUUUAUAUGCAAAAUGUGGAGAACUUGACAAGGCAAAUUAUGUUUUUACUCCCAUGAAAGGCAAAAAUGUUAUUACAUGGACUGCUUUGCUAGUUGGAUUAGCUCAAAAUGGAAAAGCUGAGGAUGCCUUGAAACUAUUCCAUCAGAUGCAGGAAGAGAAAGUUGUUGCAAAUUCUGUUACUCUGGUUGCUUUAGUCUACUGUUGUGCCCAUUUGGGGUCCUUGAAGAAAGGAAAAAGUGUUCAUGCUAAUCUACUUCGAUUGGGGUUUUGUUUUGAUGUUGUUAACAUGACAGCCCUUAUUGAUAUGUAUGCCAAAUGUGGUAAACUAAGUUUAGCAGAAAGGGUAUUCAAUACUGUGUCCAAUUCUGGUGAUGUUAUUUUGUGGAACUCUAUGAUUACAGGCUAUGGUGUUCAUGGUUUUGGCCACCAAGCUUUAAGCAUGUAUGACCAAAUGAUGCGUCAGAGAGUCACUCCAAAUCAAACUACAUUUGUUGCUCUUCUAGCUGCUUGCAGUCAUUCUGGGCUUGUAGAAGAGGGUAUUGAUUUGUUUGAGAAGAUGAAAAGAGAACAUAAUAUGAAGCCAUCUGAAAAGCAUUAUGCUUGUUUUGUCGAUCUUCUUAGUCGGGCUGGGCGUCUUAAAGAUGCAGAAGCAUUUAUUAGAAAAAUGCCUUCUGAGCCGGGUACUGCUGUUCUUGAAGCUUUACUCAAUGGGUGUCGUUACCACAAGAACAUUGAUAUUGGCUUGAGAACAGCUGAUAAAUUGCUUCACCUAGAUUCCACAAACCCUGGUAUAUAUGUUUUGUUAUCAAAUAUAUAUGCUGAAGUAAGGAGAUGGGAUAUAGUAGAUUAUAUUCGGAGCAUCAUGAGGUUUCGCAGAUUAAAGAAAAUUCCAGGAUACAGUUCAAUUGAAAUACAUAACCGGGUCCACACUUUCUUUGCAGGGGAUGAUUCACAUCCAAGCUGGCAAGAAAUUCAUAAGUUUUUAGAAGCUUUAAAAUCAGAGAUUGAAGCUUGUGGAUAUGUACCUGAUACAAGUUGUGUUCUCCGUGAUGUUGAUGAAAAGAUGAAAGUGAAAUUACUAUGGGGGCAUAGUGAGAGAUCGGCAAUUGCAUUUGGACUAUUAAGCACACCAGCAGGAAGCGUGAUUCGCUUGACGAAAAAUCUUCGGGUCUGUAAUGAUUGCCAUACGGUUACCAAAUACAUAUCACAAAUAGCGCAAAGAGAGAUUAUUGUGAGAGAUGUCAAUCGGUUCCACCACUUUAGGAAUGGGAAAUGCUCUUGUGGUGAUUACUGGUGAUAAGGGCUCUGAAAUCUAGCUUGGAUCAGUGGCAGUACAGUGGCCUGCUAUUAGAGUUUGAACUGUUGUGCCAACAUGGUGUUACUGUAACUUCUUGGUUUCAAAAGUUACGGAGUACAUUUCAUGAGAAGCAGAUGCUAAGUUAGUGAAAAUUUUCUUUUGUUAUUGAUCUGGAAGCAAACUAUCCAUUAAAAAUACAAAAAAAUAGAGUGAGAGAGAUCAUUGCCCAGCUUAUUGCAAACAACUAGAAAAGGAUUGAAAAGCAGUGUUUUCACGGAUGCAAGUUGUGAUCUUUCUCAUAGAGCCUUGCCGUCAUUGAAUCACAUUGUAUGUGCCCAGUCACUGCAGACAGCCCCAGGUGGUGGUACCCUUAGCCAGUGACAAGAAAUUAAAAUACUUAAACUACUUUAUGCAUUGAAGAAGUAUGCUUUGACAUUAUAACAUCACUCUCAUUGUUGUUUUGAUGGUGGAAAUCUACCUUAUGAGGCUGCUAUUGGGGAUGAAAGGCACAGGCAUGUAGUUGCUGCUCUUGUGUUGACUACAUUAUAUUCUUCUAAAUGCCCAAUUUUUAUUUUCCUGUUUUGAAGAUGUUUUAGUUGUCAAGAUUAUUUUUUUUCCCAAUUUCCCAUGUGCUUCUCUAGGAAAGGAAAGCUAACCGUGAUCAGGUAAUGGCAAAGCUUAAGGACUGCAACAAUUAGUGCUAUCUCUAAUCUCUUCCUGGCAUUUGUGGGGAUAAAGAUAGAGGACUAAGUACAACAAAUGCACACCAUGCCCUGAAUUUUGAUAUCCACAGGGCAGUGAGCAUCACCAGUGAUGGCUCAUCAAUUAAUUCAGGCACGUGUGUUCUAGCCGGUUGUGAUUUUCUUCCAUCUGUCCCAGGGAUAGGAAUUGCAAGCCAAUAAAUGUUUCCAAGUAGAAAACCAUAGUUCAUGUAAGCAUAUCUUUUAGCCUUUGCUCAUUUUAAUAGCUAUUUAUCUGCUUAAGACAAAUAAAUGAUUGCACAUAUUCUAUUAUAUUAUUGUGCUUGUAAGUUCGAGUGUAUUUUCAUGAUGGCUUGUUCAAUAUUC